CCACUCUCCGCGCGCAGGCCACUAAAAGCGAAGAGGCGAGACAAAGAUGGCGGCGACGGCGGAGGAAACAGCGUGAUAUGCUGGAGUAGUUGAACAUUACCCGAAUAUCACCACUGUCAGACCAGAGUUUGUUAAAUUACCACAAUGUCGCUGUAGGACUUGCUUUGUUGUAACUAUUACACCAACAUUUGACAUAUUCCCCGCGAGAAUAUUCAUCUUCUAAUUGAGGAGAAGAAAAUCUCACCGGGAGCAUGGCUUCGCGCAGUAACCAGUAUAUCUUUGGGGAGUUCAGCCCAGAUGAAUUCAAUCAAUUCUUUGUGACUCCCCGAUGUUUUGUGGAGCUUCCCCCAUUCAAUGACAAAGUAUCCUGCAUCAGCCACUCCUCAGGAAGUUACUGCACUCCUGCUGUGCCUUACAUUACGGAGUCAAUGAGACGGCAGGUUUGCGGGGAGGACUUCCAGCGCAUCGAGUUUGGCGUGGACGAGGUGAUGGACGCGGAGCCUGUUGGGGUGAAGGAUCCGAUGUACAAAGUGUCGAGCACCCUGAACCCCCAGGCCCCAGAGUUCAUCCUGGGCUGCCAGUCUUCCCAGAAGGCCAUGCCCACAGCCAUGCCAGAGCCGGACGUGCCCGACGGCGCCGACUGCGCCGACUUCAACUCGGUGGACUGCCCAGACUCCGAGCCCUCCGCCAUGGACAGCGCCCAGGCCGGGCAGGAGCUAGACGGUGUGGGCGGAGGCCUGGGACAGCGCGAGCGCAAGAAAAAGAAAAAGCGCCCGCCGGGAUACUACAACUACCUGGAGGGCUCCGGCGGCGGCAGCAGCAACAACAGCAGCGGCGGCGGCGGCGGCAUGGUGGUGCCGGACGGGCCUCUGGGCUCGGGGCUGGUGAACGGACACUCGCUCGGCGCCGCCAGCCUGACCUCCGAGGACACAAACCCAGAGGGCCUGUCGGGGCCCGAGCUCGGCACGCCGAGUCCAACCACCACCCCGGGCGCCGGCGUCGUCCCUGCCCCCACCACCACCACCACCACCCCUGCACCCACAGCGGCGCCCACCCAUCAGAGGACUUGUGCCAGCCCUGAUGAAUCCUCCCUGGACUUGACCAGCGGCGCCGCUUCCUCUUCCUCCGACGGCAACAAUGCCGCCUCGUCGUCGUCGUCCUCUUCCUCCUCCUCCUCCUCCUCCUCCUCCUCUCAGAGUGGCGCGGUGGCGGAUGGGCGCAGGACUGCAGAGCAGCCGGCCGAGAGGCCAGAACUGCUGGUUGGCGGCGGGCACAGCCCUUGCCCCACCUCCCCCCCCCCUCCUCCACCCGCGUUGGCUGCCGCAGCCAGCCCGCUCGCAGCCACCGCUGCUACUACUGAAGAGGAGGAGGAGGAGGAGGAGGAGGAAGGGGUGGUGGUGGACAGUGGCGUAGCCAACGGGCUGGCUGGGCCCAGCUCUGCAGAUGGACACGAGGACUCCUCUGAAGCGGGGGAGGCGCUGCAGAGCUCGCCCGCUGCCGCCGCCUCACUAGCGCCCCCUGCUGCUGGUGGUGCCCGGCCGCUGGCGGAGCAGGCACAGGUGCCCGCUGCGCCCGCGGCGCCCGCUGCCAACCCGCCCAAGUCCUGGGCCAGCCUUUUCCACAACUCCAAGCCUCUGCCCGGGGGCCCGCAGGCCUACGUGGAGGUCAAGAACGUGCCCGUGGUGACGCCCACGUCUCCGGCCGCUGCCGAGGUGCCUGAGAAGGCUGGAGAGGUCCGGGAGGGCCCUGUCCCUGUGGCAGAGGACCCCAUGGCCCCCAAACUGGCAGAACUUAUUGAGAAUGUGAAAUUGAUACACAAACCAGUGUCUUUGCAACCCAGAGGACUGAUCAACAAGGGAAACUGGUGCUAUAUCAAUGCUACCUUGCAGGCCCUGAUUGCUUGUCCCCCAAUGUAUCAUCUGAUGAAGUCUAUCCCCCUGUUCAGUGAAACCCAGAGACCAUGCACAUCAACACCCAUGAUGGAUAACUUUGUUCGGCUGGUGAAUGAAUUCAGUAACAUGCCUGUGCCCUCCAAGGCCAAACUGCAAGCUGCUGGAGACAAAGUAAUGAAAGACAUUCGGCCAGGUGUCCCUUUCGAGCCAACUUAUAUUUACAGACUCCUCACACUCAUCAAAUCGAGCCUCUCGGAGAAGGGGCGUCAGGAGGAUGCGGAGGAGUACCUGGGCUUCACCCUCAACGGCCUGCACGAGGAAAUGCUGGCGCUGAAAAAGCUCAUCUCUCCACAAGAAGAGAAAGUAUCAACACCGAAUGGCCCCGACUCCCAGCCAGGACUGGCGGACGAUUCUGCGGAGAAGGAGGAAGAGGAGGGCAGCGAUGACGAGUGGGAGCAAGUGGGCCCCAGGAACAAGACCUCCAUCACCCGCCAGACAGACUUCAUCCGCACCCCCAUCACAGACAUAUUUGGAGGCCACAUCAGGUCGGUGGUGUACCAACAGAGCUCCAAGGAGUCGGCCACCCUCCAGCCCUUCUUUACUCUGCAGCUGGACAUCCAAUCAGAGAAGAUCCGCACCGUCCAGGAAGCCUUGGAGACGCUCGUGGCACGCGAGUCUGUUCAGGGCUACACCACUAAAACCAAGCAGGAGAUUGAGAUCAGCCGGAGAGUUACCCUGGAGGAGCUGCCCCCUGUUCUGGUCCUUCACCUCAAGAGAUUUGUGUUUGAGAAGACUGGUGGAUGUCAAAAGCUGAUCAAGAAUAUCGACUACCCUGUAGAUCUGGAAAUCAGUAAAGAUCUUCUGUCUCCAGGGGUGCGGGGCAAAAUCUUCAAAGGCCAAAGAACCUACAGGCUCUUUGCAGUUGUGUAUCACCACGGGAACAGUGCUACAGGUGGCCACUACACUACGGAUGUCUUCCACAUCGGUCUGAACGGCUGGCUGCGCAUCGAUGACCAGGCGGUGAAGGUCAUCAACCAGUACCAGGUGGUGAAGCAGACCGCGGAGCGCACUGCCUACCUGCUGUACUACCGUCGCGUCGACCUGCUGUAGAAACCACACACACGCACACACACACA